AUGUCGCCGUCACGUAAAAUUUCAUCUACGGAGUGGGAGCGCCACAAGGCAGCCAUUCUCGGGCUCCGGUUCAAAGACAAGCUGCCUCUCAAAGCCCCCGACGCAACAGGCCGGAGCUUGAUACAGGUCAUGAAAGAUGAACAUCAAUUUCACGCAACAGCUUCUCAGUACGAAUCCCAAAUUGCGAAAUGGGGAGCUGUCAAGAACCUGAAGAAGCGUGAUUGGGAGAGCAUCUUACCGGUCUAUGACGACUUGCAGAGCCAAGGCCUAGAACCUCGUAUCAGAGUCGGAGACCAUGUAUUCGAUGACCGAAAGAUUAAAAAGGCCCGCUACCACUACGGAGGGAGGCAAACGUCAUUACCCGCAGAUAAUAUUGCAUUGGCCUCAUCCUUGGACGAGACACGUCCUUGGUGUCUCGAGUUCCGCCAGCCCAAUGGCCAGUACGUUGAGUACUUCAAGAGGAAUGAAAGCUCCGACUUACCUCGGAGUCCAACCUCUUCCGCUCUUGUACAAACGAACAUCCACUCUACUUCUGGUAGUCAGCCAUCACAAAUCCACUUUCAUGGAGUCGGAGACGUCUUCAGCGCGGCUGACGCAAUGACAUCCACGCCGCUCAUACAAUGCCCACCGUCUUUGAAUACCCCCCAGUACGAGAUUUUGGACAUGUCCAAUUCACCAAGCAUUUAUCUGGACCUCGAUACCCAUACAUUCAUUCCGACAAACCCUCAAGCCGCCGGAUUCCCUGCACCAGUGAUAUCGCCGCGAUAUGAAUCACCGAAUGUAGAUGAUUUCAUCUACUCCAUCCUUCACCCGCCUUCCUUCCCGAGAGAAUGCUUCUCUGACUUUAAUCUGGAAGCUCUACUGAUCCCUAAAGGCAGUGAGAUCGACGGUAUUCGCCAAGCUAGCUCACCCUGCCCUCAACUGACAACUCUCGCUUACAUCGAUCCUCUUUUGGACAGACUUGCUCAAUAUUCUCGAUGGAGGCAUGGCGAUAUCACACUACUCUCUAUGAAUAACAUAUUUGAGCGACUCGUAUCUCUGCCCCAACUCAAGUUCUCUGAAUCCAGCUCCAGGAUGGAAUCAACGCAUGUUUCUGGUAGAGAUCGUGACGUCUCAUUAUCAGAUAUAUAUGCACGGAUCAUGUACUCUCUGAUUAACAAUUUCGCCGGUAUUGGUAUUGAUCCAGUGCAACGCCUUGCUAUUUUUGGCGUUCUAAGACUUACUCCUGAUGGAAUGUCUUAUCUGAUUAAUGGGCUUCGUUCAGAUCAGUUCUCCGUUGCAAAGCCUGUUGCCACUAAUCUCUUUCAGCUUGCUAUUGAGGCAGGAGAUGAAGAGGUGGUUAGCAUCAUACUGAAGGAAACUUCAGGGAGAGCGAAUGAGAUCAAUGUUAAUAAACUCAUUUCCUAUCACAAUCACUUCGGUCCCAAAAAAUAUUCGCCCUUGGCAUUGGCCGCUCAUUUGCAUCAUCUCGGGGUUUUCAAAACCAUGCUUGCCCAUGGCGCUAAACUAAACGUUGGUGAGGAGGGGGCGCCAAACCGGUCCAUGUUCGAAGUGGUCACUGAAGAACCUUGUGAUCGAUGUUGGGAUGACAGGGACACAACGACUCAUGAACGGGAAGUGACGUCGAUUAUCGAAUUAUGCCUCUCCCUUGAGCCCGAAAGAGCGACAGACUAUUUCAUAGAGGCACUUUGCGCAUCGAUAGGCUUCCUCUGUGAACUGUUGUUUGAAGCUGUGCCAAAGAUGUGUUAUCCCAAGCUUUUUAGUUGGGAGGCUUGGAGAGAAUGGCAGAUACAGACGGAUAUAUUGGACUCGAAAAAAAAUGAUGAGUUGCCUCUAGAUGGACGUCUUAUUCCCAUAUUGAGGCUAAUACAGGAGGCUCUGGAUAAUGAGGCAGCUGACAAGAUGAUCAAAACUCUCUUGGCGACAUGCGAAACAUUCAAUCUUAUUCAAACGCCCGUUGCUGAGUAUACUCGGCUUUUAAAUGAAGCCACCGCUAUAGCAAUCUCGAAUAAAAACACCACACUGGUGAGAUAUUUUUUGAACCACAUCAAGCCUACUUCGGGACACCUUGCAUCCGCUAUUCAUAAUCAAGACAUCGAAAUGGUCUACUCAAUGCUGGAGCAUGGUGCUGCUCUGGGCGGGGAAGCCGUGUGCUUGAGACACAUGUAUAAUGGCAUACGUUUAGUGAAUUGUGAAUGUGACCGCCGUGGUUCCAAUUGCAUAUUUACGACACCAUUAGCGGAAGCUAUCCGUUGGAAAAACACUGUUCUGAUUAAUCAACUUGAACAAGGAGGAGCCUUCAAUACAUUAUCUGAUGAUCAUGGGUUGAGCUACUCGGAGUUUGAUGCUGCAGCGUUCGCAGCUAGUGAGGUUGGUAACUUCGGCUAUUUGAAAUCACUCAUCACUUUGUCUCCUACUAGAGGGAAUAUGCAGAAGUUGGCUGGCCUCAUCGUCAGGGUGAUCGACCAAAACCAACUUCCAAUUGCUUUGGAGUUGAUUGUUCGACAUGCCAACGCGACUAGCACGAUAAAUACUCCAAACUAUGCAUCAUCAUAUUUAGGGGUAGUGGAUGUUGUCCGUGCUGCUGUAGGGACGGGGAACCUGGAUUUCAUUGAUCAAGUGACAGAGCGAUACCUCUUCACCGACUUCAGCGCUACAAUCGAUAUCGCGGCGAGGUUGGGACAUUCGCAUGUGGUUGAAAGUUUUCUACAACGCGGAGCCAGCACUUCUUAUCGUACUGGGGAUAGAACUACAAUCACUGUAGCCAUUGCAAAUCAAAACUUUAGCACUGUAAGAUUACUUUUGGAGUGGGGAGCUUCACCCGACUGCCUUACGGAUGCCGUUCGCGCUGGGGAUGAAAGCACGGUGCUUCUCUUGCUAGAUCACGGUGCCGAUCCGGCAGACGAAAAGGCUAUUUCGACAGCCGUUGCGGAUUGCAAAAUGGAUAUUUUCUCCAUUCUUAUCGGCGCAUUUUCUUCAAGAUACCCGAAUGGAAAGAAGGGAUUUGGCCAGAACAUUCUGAGGCAGGCGAUAUCAUCUCGUGAUUUGGCUUGUUUGGAUGCUUUGUUCAAGGCUAAGUUGGGAGUGAAAGCGCAUUCGGGACAAGGUCUGUGUAAUCAACUUCUUCUUUUCGCCAUCGGUGAGGCUGGAAAGGGCGAUGCUGUGAUCUAUGAUAUUAUCUGUCAGCUGCUUGAGGCAGGGGCUGAUCCAGACGCAGCCAGUUCGCCAAAAUCCCGUAAGCGGACCGCCGACACUGCACUUUUACGCGCUAUCGGAAAAAAGGACGUGCGUUUGGUGAGGAUGUUGUUGGACAGAGGAGCCGACAUCCAACGCCCAGCACGGAAUGUUUUGAAACGCACUCCUCUUCAACAAUCCUGCGAGCAGGGCUACUUUCAGAUGAUCAAGUUCCUGCUGGAUAAUGGAGCAGAUCUCAAUGCUCCAGCUGCACUGAAUGGCGGUGCGACCGCGUUACAGCUUGCAGCCAUUCAAGGUAAUGCAGACAUUGUCUUGUUUCUAUUAAGUAAAGGGGCCAAAAUUCAUGACCCUCCAGCUGUAAUCAACGGACGAACCGCUCUUGAAGGGGCAGCUGAGCAUGGCAGAGUCAGCGUUUUGAGUAUUCUACUGGCGCAAGGCGCUUCGGGUUACAGGUUGGAAGACAUCGAUCAGGCAUCGAGAUAUGCGGAGGAGCAGGGACACGAAGGAUGUGCGCAUACGCUCAAGUUGGCUCGCUUUAAACUCGCGUCACUCAGGGUCCAAUGA